AAUCUAUUUGUUAUUCACAGUGGCCUCCAUGAGCAAUUCCUGGUGCAUGGAAACACCACGGCUGCUCUUUGUCACGUCUUUUGUGGGACCGGCCGCUUCAGCCUCAUAGCAUCACUCCCCACAUGCAGAAUAAGAGGUGUGAGCGCGAUGGGCUCUGGAAGGUGGUGGGAAGGCUGCGGAAGACACAGGAGAAUCGCAGUAGCUAUCGGAAGGUCUUACACAGGCUGGAAGCAUUUGUGUUCCCCAUUUGCAGUUACAAGAAGCCCAGUGAAGCAAUCCCCAUUGGAGAAAAAGAAACCUCCAAGCCAAACCAGCCAAAAUCCAAGGUUAUCAAGUCUCCACCGAAACCAAAAGGAUGAGAUCCUGUUCCCCAGCCUGGGAAGCAGCAGGGAGCAGGUAAGCCAAAAUAGGAGCCGAAGCCCCGGAAAGCGGUGGAGUGGAGCUGUGAAUCCUAGCAACAGGCGGAGAGAGAACUGUACAUUUCUUCAUGUCCUCCAAGUGUUGGUGCCUUCUGAAAAGCAGAGUAAACCCCCACAGAACCAGCCAGCAUAUAUUUCGUGGCAGGAUCGGGGCCUCAGACACCACAAACUGUUCCUUUUUGGGAUCAAGAUCCUGAGAUGCUGCAGGAAAUUUGGGCUGGAGCAGAUCCUCUCACACAGGACAUCAGAUGUGAUCUGCUCCAGGCGUGGGAUCCCCAAUCCAGUCAGAUGGGAUGGGACAGCUUCUCAAGUUUUGACUCAGUCACUUGAAUGGGAGGCUGCUGUGUGAAGGUGCACAAGGAUGGACUGGAGCAUCUAAAUGGAGACCCCCAAACUCUGUUGCACAGGAGCUGCCGGCCGUGCUGUUCCAGUUCAGGGGCUCCUGCAACAGAAAAGAUCAGCUGUUGGAGAACCCAUGGAAAGCCCUGGGGGAGAGCCAUGGCCGCAAGGUAAUCAGCAGGCAAAGUUAUUACCAUUAUGCUGCUAAUUAAUUCCCAGCUCAUUACGUUUCCUGUGGCUAAUUUGUACUCGCCGCUGAUUUGAUUAAACUCAUCUCUAUGCUAAUAAAUGUGUUUUCCAUUUGUUUUAGCGACUGUAGGAAGAGAGCCCGGUAUUUACAUAUUUUGACGUUUAUCAAAUAAAACGCGGCGCCUGAAUUAA